AUGUUGUUGUUGACUCUUCGAUAUUACGCAUCAGGAAAUUUUCUAAUAACUGUCGCUGAUUAUUGUGGAGUAAAUGUAAUGACAGCAAGUAGAACUGUGAAAAGAGUAUCAAAAGCAUUGGCAAAACUGUAUUCAAAAUUUAUAAAAAUGCCAAAAGUAACAGAACUUAAAUCAAAUGCAAAUGCUUUUUACAAUAUUGCAAAAUUUCCAAAAGUUCUCGGAAGUAUAGAUUGUACUCACAUACGUAUUCAGUCUCCCGGUGGCAACAAUGCGGAAUUGUAUCGAAAUAGAAAGGGGUAUUUUUCCUUUAAUGUACAAGUAGCUAUUUGCAACGCACAUUUAAAAAUUAUGGAUAUUGUAUGUAGGUGGCCAGGGUCAGCUCAUGACAGCAAUAUAUUUAAUAAUAGCAACAUAAAGGCAAAACUCGAAAAUGGAGAAUUUCAAGAUUAUUAUUUGUUAGGUGAUAGCGGAUAUGGCAUUAAACCUUAUUUAAUGACUCCAUUGAGUAAUCCCGUAACACAUGCAGAAAUACUGUACAACGAGUCACAAAUACGAACACGAAAUACUAUCGAACGAUGUUUUGGCGUAUUGAAAAGGCGAUUUCCUAUAUUAAGUUUAGGUAUGCGUGUAUCUAUAGAUACAUCAAUGGCAAUAAUUGUGGCAUGUGCAGUGCUACAUAAUAUAGCUAUCAAAUAUAAAGUGGAAGAACCCUAGGGAGAGGUUAGUUUAAAUUCGGGAACUACAGAUGAUCAAAGUUCUACAAAUACAGAUAAAUUUUCAACAAAUAUAGCAAAAUCCCAUGU